AAUUUAUUUAUGCCUUUGUAUGAAUUAAUAGCAAUUUGCAGAUGUUCUUAGGCAUAAGGUACAGCUGCAGCCAUAAGAUAAUUGUCAGUCUUGAUUUUCUAAGGAGGUAAUUUAUUAUAAUGAAAAGAAAAGGAGGAAAUAUUAGAAAUGUGAGAAUAUUGGGAGAUAGAAUCUUAAGUAAAUAAAUAAUAGGGAAUGAUGGAUUUAGACAUUUGAUAGGAAGAUAUGUUUCAGUUUUAUAUGAUGGUCAUCCAAGCAAAUUUAGAUCUGUUUUAAAGGGAGGAGAAAAGUCUUUUGAAAUAUUUAGAUUAUAACACUUUCGAGUGAAAGACUUCAUACCUGAAGCAGUUCGAUUUACAAAGCCAUUUGAAGAAGAAGCUCCUUUUGUGAAAAAUAGCAGUAUCCAAACUUAUGAUUAUGGAAGAGCAUUGCAAAUAUUAAGAGAAGAAAAAUAAAAGUUAUCAUGAGU